AUGUCAAAAUCAGAACAGGAGUGGAAAGCGAUUCUCUCCCCGGAGCAAUUUAGAGUCUUAAGACAGCAAGGAACAGAGGCACCUUAUAGUGGCGAAUACACAUCGACACCAGCUAGCAAAACGGGAGUAUAUGAGUGUGUUGCAUGUCAUCAACCUAUUUACAAAGCUCUGACCAAGUUCAGCUCUAAUUGUGGCUGGCCUGCCUUUUAUGAGGCAAUUCCAAAUUCCAUCAAGGUCAACCGCGAUGAAUCGUUUGGUAUGGUAAGAGAAGAAAUGCGGUGCUCUAAUUGCGGAGGUCACCUUGGGCAUAUAUUUAGGGGCGAGGGCUAUCAAACUCCGACAGAUGAAAGACACUGUGUGAAUAGCAUUUGCUUGAAAUUCAAACCAGAAUGA